CCCCCUCUCUAGCUCUCACUUUCUUUUCCCCACACAAUCUUUCCCGACGGCGAAACUCUAGCAUUUUCUGUUUUUUGUUUUGGUUUUUUUGAUUUGUGGAACGCAGGGAAUUGUUGGUGAGAUUAGAUUUUGGAGGCGGUGGAGAUGGGAGCGGCGUUGUUGUCUGAGCUGGCGACGGAGAUUGUGGUGCCGGUGUGCGCCGUCAUAGGGAUAGCCUUCUCGUUGUUGCAGUGGGUCUUGGUCUCGCGCGUGUCAGUCACACCCGACCGCCAUGGCUCCGGAGCUGCCAAUAACAACAAUAAUGGCUAUGAUGAGUACUUAAUCGAGGAGGAGGAUGCCGUCAGCGAACGGGCCGUAAUAACCAAGUGCGCGGAGAUACAGAGCGCUAUAUCUGAAGGUGCAACAUCCUUUCUUUUUACUGAGUAUCAAUAUGUUGGUAUCUUCAUGAUUAUUUUUGCGAUCGUUAUCUUCCUCUUCCUGGGAUCUGUUGAGGGCUUCAGCACAAAGAGCCAGCCUUGCACUUAUGAUAAGCAGAGGAUGUGCAAGCCAGCCCUUGCCACUGCACUCUUCAGCACAAUAUCAUUCUUGCUUGGUGCUAUCACUUCUCUCCUUUCUGGGUUCCUUGGCAUGAAAAUUGCUACCUAUGCCAAUGCAAGAACAACUUUACAGGCAAGAAAGGGUGUUGGAAGGGCUUUUAUUACAGCAUUUAGGUCUGGGGCGGUUAUGGGAUUUCUCCUUGCAGCAAAUGGUUUGUUGGUGCUUUAUAUUGCCAUCAAUGUGUUUAAGCUGUAUUAUGGUGACGACUGGGAAGGCCUUUUUGAGUCAAUCACUGGUUAUGGUCUUGGAGGGUCCUCUAUGGCACUCUUUGGGAGAGUAGGUGGUGGUAUAUACACAAAAGCUGCUGAUGUUGGUGCUGAUCUUGUGGGAAAGGUGGAAAGGAAUAUUCCAGAAGAUGACCCAAGAAACCCAGCUGUCAUUGCAGACAAUGUUGGUGACAAUGUCGGGGACAUAGCUGGUAUGGGUUCUGAUCUUUUUGGCUCAUAUGCAGAAUCAUCCUGUGCUGCUCUUGUUGUUGCUUCCAUCUCCUCCUUUGGAAUCAACCAUGACUUCACUGGCAUGUUGUAUCCUCUACUUAUUAGUUCCAUGGGCAUCCUUAUUUGUUUGAUCACCACUCUCUUUGCUACUGAUUUCUUUGAAAUCAAGGCUGUCAAGGAAAUUGAACCAGCAUUGAAGAGGCAGCUCAUCAUCUCCACUGUUCUUAUGACUGUGGGAAUUGCAGCUGUUACUUGGACUGGCUUGCCAUCCUCCUUCACCAUCUACAAUUUUGGCACUCAGAAGGUUGUUAAGAACUGGCAGCUGUUCUUGUGUGUGGCUGUUGGACUCUGGGCUGGACUAAUUAUUGGUUUUGUUACUGAAUACUACACUAGCAAUGCAUACAGCCCCGUGCAAGAUGUUGCUGAUUCCUGCCGAACUGGAGCUGCCACAAACGUUAUUUUUGGCCUUGCAUUGGGAUACAAGUCUGUGAUUAUCCCAAUUUUUGCCAUUGCGGUCAGCAUUUUUGUCAGUUUUACGUUUGCUGCAAUGUAUGGCAUUGCAGUUGCUGCCCUUGGAAUGUUGAGCACCAUUGCUACUGGGUUGGCAAUUGAUGCUUAUGGUCCCAUCAGUGACAAUGCUGGAGGCAUUGCUGAGAUGGCUGGCAUGAGCCCCCGUGUCCGUGAGAGAACUGAUGCCCUAGAUGCUGCUGGAAAUACCACUGCUGCAAUUGGAAAGGGCUUUGCCAUUGGUUCAGCAGCAUUAGUGUCGUUGGCUCUUUUUGGUGCAUUUGUGAGCCGUGCAUCUAUCUCUACUGUUGAUGUGUUGACCCCAAAGGUCAUCAUUGGUUUACUUGUUGGGGCCAUGCUUCCUUACUGGUUUUCUGCAAUGACCAUGAAGAGUGUGGGAAGUGCAGCUUUGAAGAUGGUUGAGGAGGUUCGUAGGCAGUUCAACACCAUUCCUGGUAUCAUGGAUGGUCGUUCCAAGCCUGAUUAUGCUACCUGUGUCAAGAUCUCUACUGAUGCAUCUAUCAAGGAGAUGCUCCCUCCUGGUGCCCUUGUUAUGCUUACUCCUCUAAUUGUUGGAAGCUUAUUUGGUGUUGAAACUCUUUCUGGAGUGCUUGCUGGUUCCCUUGUUUCUGGUGUUCAGAUUGCUAUUUCUGCAUCAAACACUGGUGGUGCAUGGGACAAUGCCAAGAAGUACAUCGAGGCUGGAGCUUCCGACCAUGCAAGGAGUCUUGGUCCCAAAGGAUCUGAUCCACACAAGGCAGCUGUUAUUGGUGACACCAUUGGGGACCCACUCAAGGACACCUCAGGCCCAUCUCUUAACAUCCUUAUCAAGCUUAUGGCAGUUGAGUCGCUUGUGUUUGCCCCCUUUUUUGCUGCCCAUGGUGGCUUCCUCUUCAAGAUCUUUGGAUGAAAGAUGAUGUCAAGGAAAACUUUGAGGAGGGUUGUUGCUAACCUUGUUCAGCCCAGAAAUGCUCAUGUUCAACCUUUUGGUUCCUGCAUCCAGCUAUAUCCCUUGGUGUGGGUUUUCUCUUUUCUUUUUCUGUUUUUCAUGUUAGCUACUUUUCUCAGUUAUGGUUAGUACCAUUUUUGAUGUGCUGAUAAUGAUGAUAAUCGAGAUGGGUUUAGAAUGUGGAAUCUCUUAGAAUGGCCAUUGUAGUGGAGGAGAGUCGAGGUAGCUUGCCUUUCCUGUCUUAGAACUGUUUAAUCCUGAAAUUUUGUAUCAUUUAUCUUUUUCACUAUUUAAUCAAAGAGCAUUACUGGA